CCGUCAAUGUAGCGGUGUCUGACAGCCAGCCUGCCCGGGCCAGCAGCUGCCUUGUCCGGCUGGGUAAUCCGACAAGGCUCGGUCCAAGACGGAGCGGAGGAAGAAUCCAGGAGAAGGAAAACAAGAAGGAGCUGCCUGCCAAACCGAAGCGGGGAGGUGAAGGUAGACUACUAGUUUUUUUUGUUAUUCCUUCUGCACUCGGGGAACAUGUUUUGGCAGUGAAUGGACUCAGAGGUGUGAGAGGAUUUUUUAAAUUCUGUUUUUCUCCAUCGCUUUCACUGCGCUGAUCCUGUACAUCAGCCUGCCGAGCUUCGUGAAGGACCAGCCGCACGCCUGCUGCUCUGCAGCCGCUACUCUUCCUUCCUUUUAGCGGAUAGAGCUCUGGAUAAACGUGUGUGGAUGCUGUGGUGUUUUCACUUGUAUUUUUUUUUUUUACAUGAAAUAAAAGCUCUGAAGAGGGAGAUGAAGUAGGAUAAGAUCUUGUAAAAACAGCGGUGAAGCGGCGAGUGAAAGCAAACGUAUUUAAUAAGUAGUGAGGUAGAGGGAAGCUGCAGUGUAUAACGGACACAAGGAGCAGGAGAGCGAGGAGAGGAGGAGUCGCUGCAGGCGGAGAACCAAAAACCUGCAGGCGGCGGUGACGGCGGGUAAAGGCGCCGGGGUUCACGCACUCCGUCAACCGACCGCAGCCCAGUCGGCAGCCUCAGCGGCAGCAGCAUGUGGAGAAGGAGAUUAGAGAGAGCAAACACAGAGGAGGUAACCCUUAUCAUAUCCUGAAGGAGACGAGGCACAUUGCAUGAUCUUGUGUUUGUCUACAGUGCCAAAGAUGAUCCAGGGAGAAGCCUCCAUGGCCAGAGAAUCAACGCCUUCCUAGCUCCGUCAGGAGCCCUUUUAGACCUGCUCCAAGCUGCACUGGGGGGCUCAAACGUUCCCCUGACUCCACUGGGAGGCCCACUCCAAUCCGUCUGCCAGCUCAGAUAACCCGACUGACUGUUGGCAACCACAUGUUUGAGGUGAUUUUAUGUGACCGCCGCCGCCGCCCAUUCUCGAGCAGCAGCAGCAGCCUCCUGCGACCCCGAUCUGCACCAUGCAGUGGAGACGGCGGCACUGUUGUCCCAUCAAGAUGACCUGGACCGUCAAGCGUUCGCUCUUCCGUGCCCAUGUGGCUGGCCUCCUCUCUCUGGCUCUGCUCUUCACCCUCUUCUUAUUUUUCAGUCACCAGGACUGGCUGCCGGGACGUAGUGGACCCCGGGAAAACCCGCUGGCCUACACCGUCAGGGGCUUCCGCAGCCCCAAGGGAGAAGCCAACCAGAGCAAUUCCCUGAGGAGCCUGUGGAAGGAGACAGGGUAUGUAGCGCCAAAGCCUCUGCUCAACCUUAGCUCUCAGCAAGCGGAUGGAGCAGCGGGGGAGGCUGCGGGAGGAGGGGGAGGGGCAGGAGCCAGGAUGGGUGUAAUGGGGCUUGGGGACUCAAUGAGCACUAACAACAGUUUACAGAAGGAGAUGGGUGUGGGAGGGAGGCUCAGCGCUCAGCCCUACCGCUACAUCCUGAAUGAGCCUUUUAAGUGCAGGGACAGCAUGCCCUUCCUCGUCCUCCUCAUCGCUGCGGAACCCGGCCAGGCCGAUGCUCGCAUCGCCAUCCGCCAGACAUGGGGGAAUGAGAGCAUAGCAAUGGGCCUAGGGUUUGUCCGUCUUUUCCUGCUUGGCACAGGAAAGACCUCAGACACUUUCCUCCAGAGCAGCAUAGAAGAAGAGAGCCGUGUUUACCACGACAUCAUCCAACAGGACUAUCAGGACACAUACUACAACCUUACCAUCAAAACCCUGAUGGGCAUGAACUGGGUGGCCAGCUAUUGCCCCCACGCCUCCUAUGUUAUGAAGACAGACAGCGACAUGUUUGUCAAUACUGAGUAUCUCAUCCAAAAGCUGCUGAAGCCUGAGUUGCCUCCCAGGCAGAGGUACUUCACUGGCUACCUGAUGAGGGGUUAUGCACCAAACCGGAACAAGGACAGUAAGUGGUACAUGCCGCCAGAGCUGUACCCGAGCGAGCGCUACCCGAUAUUCUGCUCCGGCACAGGGUACGUGUUCUCAGGGGACAUGGCCGAGCUCAUCUACCAGGCCUCUCUCAGCAUACGCAGGCUGCACCUGGAGGAUGUUUAUGUGGGGAUCUGCCUGGCGAAGCUGCGCAUUGACCCGGCACCCCCUCCCAAUGAGUUCCUCUUCAACCAUUGGCGGGUGUCUUACUCCAGUUGUAAGUACAGCCACCUGAUAACAUCCCAUCAGUUCCACCCCAACGAACUCAUCAAGUACUGGAACCACCUGCAGAGCAACAAGCACAACGCCUGCAUCAACAUGGCCAAGGAAAAGAACGGCAGGUACAGACACCGAAAGUUUCACGGAGAGAGGCCUCCUUGACGCAUCCUGUGAAGACCACCCGCCUCAAAGAAGGGAGAUGGGCGCACUGUAACUACAGCCAAUGGAAGGCAUGUUGAACUCAGCACUAUACACUAUAUGGGGAUAAGCACAUUGUUUUUGGUAUUGUGUACAGUCGAUGAUCCAAACUAUUUUUUUAAUUUGAGAAAAAACGUUAAGUAUUGUAAAACUGUUGAGCUAUUUCUAAAAGAGAUAUGAUGCAAGUCUGUGAUUUGAAGCAUGCACAAAAGUGCUGCUGCUCAAGAGUGGUGUUUAUGAUAAUUCAGGUGCCAACAGAAAGGUGGUAAUUCAUGCUACCGUUAAUGUGAGGGCUCUCCUCUUAAGGGUAGUAUAGUAUGUCACUUUACAAAUCAAAAAAAGACAAAAUUGUGUUUACACAGACAAAGGGAAAUGCACAUGUAUUAAAGAGGUCAUAUUAUGCUUUUUGGCUUUUCCCCUCUCCUUUAUUGAGUUAUAUAUCGUUUUUGUGCAUGUAAUAGGUUUGCAAAGUGAAAAAGCCAAAAGGCCUUUGUCCUUUGAUCCCCGUGACUUUACAGCAAAAUCCGUAUCAUAAUGCUCGCCUAGCGACUAGUCCGACACGUCCUCAAAAACACCAGUGGAAAAACACUGUGUGGCAGCACACAGUGACAAGACAUCCAUCUGCUGCCUCUCCUCUCCCUUCCAAACAUUAGCU